AUAAUUUUAAUUUUAUUUAUUUAAGAAAAUUUGACGUUUUAAUUUUAAAUCGGAUGACAUCAAUUAAUUGUAUAUAGACGUGGCAAUAUUUUGUCUAUUUUGAGUGAAAUAAGCUUAAACUUUCAGAUGUAUAGUUAAUUCUACUUAGAUUAAUUUAACAAAUGUUACCUUGGUAGUCAUUAUAAGUGCCCUAGGCAGGGGUAGCUGCACCGUAUCUUUGAAAAUUUGAACGGCUUGCCUGGUCAAGAGAUAUGUCACGAUUGCAGGCACCUGGAUUUUCAAAGUUAAAACCUUCUGGAUUGCCGAGAGCUUCAGCAUGUGCAGUACCCAUUCCAUCUAUUCCAUCAUCAGGAGUUUGCAAAAGGACUGAUGCUAUUGAAACACCAGUUACUCAAACGUCUGAACCGAAGCGUUCAUUAAUAUGUAAACCUGUUACAAGUUCAUUUUCUCAACAUGGUCCAACACCAUACGAAAGAGUUUCAAAACCAGCUACUAGUCAAAUACCAAAUAUUGGUAAGCGGAGAUCUGUGGGAGCAUUAAAAACUCCUGAUUCACGAGUUUUAAAAGAUACUUCAAAACUCAAUAAUAUUCAUGAAAAUACAAUGAUACCUAAAGAACCAUUAAAAAGACUAGUAGAUAAUGUUUAUAAUCCGAUUGCGCCUCAGGAAAAUACAUUUGAACCAUGUAUAUUAAAACCACCUAUAUCAAAUAAUAAUUUGAAAAAGUUGACAACUAACCAAUUAAAGCAGCCAUCUGCAAUUACGUUACAAAACUCCAAUCAAUGUAUAGCUGGUGCAAAAACAUUUGGAUUUAAUUAUUCUAAUAAGUUAUCUUCAAAAGCUCAAUCAAAAUCACUUCAAACAUUGCCAGCAGUAGCUGACAAAGCUGAUAGUUCAGAUUUUAGUGAGAUGAAUAAAAGCCUUUCCCAAGAUGAUCUUUUAUCAUCAAACAUCUCCUCAGAGUGCAAUUCAAAAAUAAUAAAUAACCAAAAUAGAAUACAAACUAAAAUUAAAUCGAAACUAAAUUUAAAAGGACAGCUUAGCAGUUUAAGACCUCGUUAUUCAACACAUGUUAGUUGUAUUGAAAGUAUGUCAACUCCAUACAAUACAGUGCAAUCAAAACAUUUCGAGCAUUUGAAAAUAAGUCCGAUAGUUUCAGAGCCAGAUAUAUCUGAAGCUGAUUCAACAUUUAGUGUUUUUAAAGAACCAUCACACUCAAAUAACUUAAAUACAUCCUGUAACAAAUUUUCCGAUGAACAUAAGCAAGAACAGUGUGACAAUGUUUUAGAUGAUAUUGAUAAUGAUUUUCAAAAUGUUACAUAUAGUCACGAAAGUAAACAAGAACUUAAAAAAAAUAUUAACUGUAAUAAAACUGUAAAUGUUACAAGAAAUGUUGAAGAAAAAGAAGUUGAAGAGUUUAUUCAACAUAACAGUCCAGCUUUCAAUAAAACACAAACUUUAUGUAAAGAAUAUAGCGAAGGCAACCUAAAUAAAACUUUUGGAUUUUUGGAUGAAACUCGGGUAAUAGAUAGUAGAAAAAAACCUGAUUUUGCAUAUUGUAAUAAAACACAAAUUAUAUUAGAUGAUGAAAAUGAUUUAUUUAUUGAGAAUGAGAAAAUGCCAAAAAAUUUUGUUGAAGAUACUCCUGGAAAAAUAAAUCACGGGUUGAAUGAGUAUGAAUCACAAAAUGAAUCUUUCAGUGAUGAUAUUCAAAAGGUUCUUGCUGCUAUCUCUAAUAAUGACUUAAAUGACCCCAAUACUGAUCUUGCAACAUUAUGUAAGACACAUGAAAAUAACACGUUCUCCAAAGAUAAUGCACACAAUAAUCAUAUAAAUAAUGGCUUUUGUAAUCCGAUAAAUGAACUUCUUGAUACAUUUGUUGUUCAAACUAAUAUACUUGACAAGACUGAAUCAGGAACAUCUGAACUUAUUAACAAUGCUAAUGAAAUUGUUAACACACCUGAAAAUAUUAAAAGUGAAAAUACUGAAGCAUCAAGCAGUAAAUUAGACUUGAUUGAUUCUGAAAAAAAUGAAAGUUCUGUAGAAACCGAUGGUAUUAUGCCUCUACCAGAUACCACCAUUCAUCCACCACCAUAUCAUGUUAUACCUCUGCCAGAUACAUCUGAAGAUAAUGAUGAAUACUGUAAAUCAACCAAAACUCCUUCAAAAAAACACACCAUCAAAUUGUUUAAUACAGAACCAUGUUUUCCCCAAAGUGACCUACUACCUUCAUCACUAAGUGAUGACAAUGAAGAAUUUACAUAUGGUAUUGAAAAUCGAUGUUAUACAAUCUCUAUGGGGGAUAUUGGUAGAAAAAGAGAAGAAUCAAAUUCAAAAUUAAGAAGAAGUCAAACAUAUGGUUCACGAGAUUUUGCAUAUAAUUUCAGACCUCCAAAGCAAAUGCAGAUGACUGAAACCUUAGAUGGCAAUAUAAUGAUGGACAAUACAUCAUUUCUUCAUUUUACAAAUGAGAUUAAACUUGUGAAGACUCAGUUGUUGAAAUUGAAGAGAACCUUGCUAGAGACUGAUUAUUUUUCGCCAUUGAUGAAGGGUCCUUUAAAACUUUCAAAUUACAUUGAAGGUUCAUCGCUUCCGCCUCUGUCUCCAAGACUCUUUUUAUCCAGUCCAAUGGCAGUUGUUGAUCCAUUAGUAGUAACAGAAAAUACAAUGACCAGAGAAAGUGUCAAAGAAAGAAGAAGUGUUGAUAUGGAUGAUGAUAUUUGUUUGUUAACACAAAGGUUUCAGAAUUCUCUUCAACGAAUUGAAGAACUCGAAAAAGAAAUAGACUGUAAAAAUAAUACAAUAAAACUGCUACAACUUCAGUUGGAAAACUAUGAAUCUAAAGAACAAGAUAUACUAGAAGAAAAUGUAUUUUUGAGGGAAGAGGUUUCUCACUUAACCAAACGCUUAGAUAAAGUGCAAGAGACUAAUUGUAAAGAAAUGAAUUUGUCUGCAAGUUUUAAGGAAUUUAAUAUUGAGCAUUUACAAUCGAGAAAAACAAUGUUGCACAAAUUAUACUCCAACGGUAGCUCAGAUUAACUGUCAGUGCUGUUUCUGAAGUAUUUUAAUAGUAAAACGAAUGCAAAUUCUUAAUUUGAAAUUCCUAUGGCGACGAAUGGUUUUUGAGUGCUUUUCGAUUUUUUUUAAAAUUUUUUUUUUCUUAUCUGUAAAUAUAAGUAUUUUAAAUGAUUUUUGUUCUUUUGUUAUGAGCUUUUUAGAUUAAUUUUUUACUUUUAAAAAUCGUUAGUUUUUUGAAUCAUGAACACUUUUUUUUUUCUUU